UUUGUUCCAGGUUGUUUUAAAACAUAUAAAAGAGUCUCUGAAGGAGAUUCAUUUCGCCGUGGAGGACAUUGGGCGUCCCCGUGAGAUAUCAGAGGAGGAACGCAAGAAACUCCGAAGAAGUUUGUCGAGCUCCGAAAUCGACUUCCUAAAGGAAGACUUUUCAGCGGGCAGACAAAGGGAUUCAGGAAAAUUUGAUUCACCAAAAGCAUCGCCACUUACAAUCCAAACAGACACAGCCUCACCGAGAUAUCUUAGAAGUGUUACACACAACGGAUCUGGUGAUCUCCUUAAUCAACCCGCUUGUGACCUUCUACUUGAAAUAAACCCUAUUACGUCACUUCCGUUACGACAGAAAUUCAUAAUGGCAGACGUGCAUUAUGAACAGAGUGUUUCAACGAAGUUUCCUGAUCCACCGCCUAGUUUUCUUAUUUCUCCAAAAUCACACUCCAGACAGACGUUAACAGAUACGACGUUUUCGUUAUACUCCCAAAAGACUUUAUCCUCAAAAUCACAAGAUGCCAAUCAACCUUUAAACGUUAAUAAGACAAGACUCGCUCCCACUAGUAUAUCACUGGAUACGACCAGAGUGAAUUCUUUACACACCGGUUCUCAGAGUAAACUCAAUACAAAAUCCGUUUCUGCGGGAGGAACUCCCACAUACGAAUCGGCAAGCCUUCUUUCUUCCAUUCCAGUAUUAAACAGGGGUACCUCAUCUGACACCUCGCUUUCACCUCGUUCCGGAAAUUCGUCCAAUUCCGGAAGUUAUGAACGCCUUACACCUAGAUCUGCCAGACGAAAGUUUUUCGAAGAUCAAAGUGACUUGCAACCAUCUUCUUCAAUGUCAGAAAAAAGUCAAAGUUGUGAAGGUAUCCAAGAG